AUGGAUAAUUGCUUCGAUAGUACGCGGUGCUCACACUUUAAGGUAUAUGUAUAUCCCGAUGAUCCGAAUUCUCCAAAGAUAUCUACAAACUAUUUAAAGAUUCUCUCUGCCAUUCGGCGAUCACCUUUCUAUACAGAUAACCCUGAAGUAGCUUGUAUAUUUGUGCCUAGUCUGGAUACACUAGAUCGAGACCCGCGUAGUAAUCACUACAUCACAGACCUUCAUAAGCGCAUCAUUCAGUUGCCAUACUGGUCAUCUCAACCAACUACCAGUAGACAGGCUUCUCAGCAUCGACCUGGGAUGAACCAUCUUCUCUUUAUUCUCUUUUCUGGCACCUGGCCGUACUAUGAUGUUGAUGAGCUAAAUAUGGAUGUUGGCAGUGCAAUGUUGGCUCGUGCUUCAUCCUCUAAGAUCCGUAUGCGUCGGAAUUUUGAUAUCUCAUUUCCUCUCGGAAAGCGUUAUGUGGUGGGGAUAGGAUCUGAGACAAGAAACUCCCUUUAUCAUAUUCACAGUGGGAAGGACAUUGUCAUUGCCACUACUUGUAAGCACAUGGAUAAUUGGAAUCUCUACGCCGAUUCACGUUGCCCGAUCGACAAUGCCUACUAUGAAACGGUCUCCUACGAGGAGCUUCUUCAUAACUCCACCUUCUGUCUCGUUCCUCGCGGUCGUCGACUAGGUUCGUUCAGAUUCUUGGAGGUGCUAGAGGCAGGAUGCAUCCCUGUAUUAUUGGCAAAUGACUGGGAAUUGCCGUUUGCAGAAGUGAUCGAUUGGAGUCAGAUAGCUAUUUUAGCCUAUGAACAAACCCUCACUCGUCUUCCAGUUCUUCUGCGCAACAUCCCUGAAAGUCGAAUUAUUCAGAUGCGAGAGAAGGUACGAUUCGUAUGGAACAGCUACUUCCGUUCUGUUGAUGCCAUUGUACACGCUACUCUCCUGUCAAUACGUGAUCGAUUGACUUUACAACGACGAAAUUAUGAACUCUGGAACAGAAGUCCAGGUCGUAUUCUCUUUAUUGAGUCGACUAGUAUUGAAGGGUGCUCAUAUCCAUCUCCAGAUCUUCCUGUCAGAUGUCAAAAGUAUAUUGACAAGGGCUUCACCCUCCUGGUUACAAUCCGUCAACCUUUCUGUUCUGAUUACUUGGAUCGCUUGAAGAAACUGGCUUCCGUGUUUACGCGAUCACUUCGUCUCAAGAAGGCUGUUCUUGUGUGGCAGUGUAAUUUCCCGUCUCCACUAUCAGAGAAAACAAUAUCUGCUCAGCUAUACAAUGACCUUCCCGUAGAGUUGUCCUUUGCUCCACCUCCUCUGAAAAAUACAGAAUCUUCUACGUAUGGUAUCCCAUCUCCAUCUAACCGUUUCCGGCCAACUUCUAAACAGCUUCAUACUCUAGCUGUAUGGAGUGUCGAACUGGAUGUUGCGGACACAAUCACUUUACCUCAGGUUGAAGCAGCAUAUGAUCUCUGGCUGCAAUUUCCUCACAAACUGAUCGGAUUUACCCCUCGCACUCAUGUAUGGAGUAAUGUGGAGAAAAUUUGGAGCUAUUCCAUAAACGCGACUUCUCAAGGAAGCUUCUCCAUGGUGCUGCUUAAUGCUGCUGUUUAUCAUGGGUGA